ACUUUACUGCCUACGUCAAUAUUAUUUCAAGCGUUCAAUACACAUUCCAGCUUUCGGUAUAUAGUUACACUACUAUUUUGAACAGGUUGCCUUUAGUUUACUCUUUGUGUUAUUUUAACGGGAAAUGUCACGACCUCGAGGGAACUCAAUAGAUUCCAGCACUUCUGCUCUCCAGUCGGAAGUGAGUAAUGUGGCUGGGACCACUAUUGACGAGAACCUGCUGGUUGAGUUUCUGGAGGAUGACGGUAUUGAUGUCUCCACUGCUAAGUUCCUUCAUGGGCUGAACAAGAACGGACUGCGACCUCUACAUGACCCCCGUUUUAAGGACACUAUUGAUAAGAUAAAGGCUCUGGGUCAGGACCCUGACAGCAUACCUGAGGUCCUCAGCAUGGAGGACUUUAAGAAGUGUCUAUCAUCGAAUAUGGUGUUCAUAACACAAGCUCUCUGUGGAAAUUUGAUCAUCCCAAAAUGGGGCGAGUUCUCAACCAUAAUCAAGGAGAUUUUCGAAGAGUGCAGACCCUUAAAACAGGGCAAGGUGGCGGAUCUCACACCGCAAAUGGCUAAGGUUGACCCAGAAAAGUACGCGAUAUCAAUUUGUACGACUGACGGACAAAGGCUGUCUUUCGGUGAUUCCAAGUGUCCAUUUCCUAUACAGGACCUGAACCGAGUUCUGCUGUAUGCUCUGACAUGCACUGAGAAAUCUGUGGACUAUGUCCACGAAUACAUAGGAAAGGAGCCGAGUGGCUCAGAAGGAGAGGCCCUGAACCUAAAGAACAAGAAACCCCACAACCCACUCCUUCUCACUGGUGGUCUGACACUAGCCUCCCUCUUGAAACCCAGUCUCUGCUUCUCUGAGAGAUUUGAAUACUUCUACAAGAAAUGUGUACAGUUCUGUGGGAAGGAUACUGUCGGGUUCAACAAUUCCCUAGCUCUCUCUCUGAAGGACCACUCUAACCGUCUGUACGCUAUCGGGCACUACCUCCGAGAGAACGGGUGUUUCAACAAAGAGGCUAGCGCUGACUCGUUAGAGCAGACAAUGGAGCUGUUUAUCCACUUCAGUGCUAUAGACAUGUCAUGUGAUGCUGCUUCUGUGAUGGCUGCCACCCUGGCAUCUGGGGGGCUCUGUCCUAUGACUGGGGAGAAGGUGGUGUACCCUGAAGCUGUGAGAAAUUGUUUGAGCAUGAUGAACUGUUGUGGUGUUAACGAUUACAGCGGAGAGUUCAUGUUCGAGGUCGGACUACCAGCCAAGUCGAACGUGUCAGGAGCGCUAAUUGUAGUGAUCCCCAAUGUGCUAGGAAUGUGUAUCUACUCGCCCAGACUUGAUAGGAGCAGAAACUCCGUGAGGGGGGUUCAGUUCUGCAAGCUGUUCACUGAUAGGUUCGUCUUCCACCAGUUCGACCCCACUGACAGAUCCAGAAACAAAGUGGACCCUAGGAGAAAGGAUUUCCAUGAAACCAAGGACCAACAGAGUCUCAUUCUGCUGUUUGCUGCUUACCAAGGAACCAUGACCACACUAUACCGCUACCUUAAAGAAGGAGUUAACUUCUCUUAUCCUGACUACGAUGGAAGGACUGCUCUUCACCUGGCAGUUUGCGGAGGACAGCUCGAUGUGGUCAAGUUCCUGAUCGACAAAUGUCACGUGGAUAUAAACCCAGUUGAUAGAUGGGAGAACACUCCUAUAGACGAUGCCUACAAGUACGGUCACCAGCAGAUAGUUGUCUUUCUGCAGCGAAAGGGAGCUCAGAAGGGGGUUACAAUCAUGGGAAACUGAUUGAAGUACUGAAGACUGAACAAAUAAAAUUGUUAAGUUUGACUGACAUUUAUCAUGAGACUUAACACUUAAGCUUUUAAGACAUAAUAAAUUCAUAAAGAUUCAGCACGCCAUCCGUGAGCCUAGUAUGGGGUAAUUAUUUAAUUGAUAUUAAUCGGUGUGUCUUUUACAUUCUACUGACUUGACGUUGGAUAGAUAUUUUCAAUUGUUUUAUCAUAUGCAUACUGUUUUAUACAA